AUGGGUGGCGGUAUCGGUGGUUUGGCUUCCUACGGAGGUGCUGCUGGUGCUGGUUAUGGUACCGGAUUCACUGGCAUUCCAUCAAUGAGCGGUUUCGGCGCUCCACAAAUGCCCGGUUUUGGUGCUCCACAAAUGCCCGGCUUCGGUGCUCCACAAAUGCCAGGCUUUGGUGCUCCACAAAUGCCAGCUUUCGGCGCUCCACAAAUGCCAGGCUUCGGUGCUCCACAAAUGCCAGGCUUCGGUGCUCCACAAAUGCCAGGUUAUGGUGCUCCACAAGCCGGUGGAUUCCCACCAGGAUGUGACUUCGGCGGCCAAGCUCCACCAAUGGGUAUGAUGCGCUCAUUACAAGCUGUCGGUGCACCAUUGAUGCAGCCAUACCAACAAAUGCAAGCUGCACCACCACCACCACAAUUUCCAGCACCUAUUGCCCCAGGUCCACAAUCAUAUCCAGUUCCUCAACCAUAUCCUCACCCAUACCCAGUGCCUGUACCAGUUCCUCAACCAAUCGGUCAACAACCAUCAUUCCAAGCACCACCACCAAGCUUCCCACCUCCACCUAGCUUCGGACCAGCACCAAGCUUUUCACCACCACCUCCACCACCACCACCACCAAGUUUCGUUCCACCACCAAACUUUGCUCCUCCUCCACCAAGCUUUGCUCCACCAUCUAACUACGCUCCACCUCCACCAGCUCCACUACCGCCUCCACCCCCGCAACAACCCUAUUCACCUCCUCCGCCACCACCACCAAGUUUCCAACAAUCCGGUCCUAGCUUCGGUCAAUCUGAUCACUUCCACGCACCACCACCUCCACCACCAUCAUUCCCACCUCCACCUCAACAUCAAUACGGUGGAUUUCAACCACCUCCAAGUGGUGCCCCAGGUGGCAGUGGCCGCAUGAUUUGCUGUUGCUUUCCAGCACCUAACUAA